UCAGUAAUUUAGCAGCACUUUUUAAUCCUUCUUUCGAUUCUCCCACCAAACCAAAGCAUAACCAAAGGGGCUUUGAGUAGAAACAAAAGGAAUUAGUAGUUAAAGUGGACUUCUCAGCACCAGAACUACUCUCCCGGUGAUUACACACACACAUUUUAUGGUUUCAAAGUAAUUGGGGUGAAUUAAUCUUUGAAAUAUCUUAGAUUUUUACAAAUGGAUUCUGAUGAUUCGGAGCAGAUGCGAUCGGUUGUUACAGAUACUAGAGGCAAACAUAGAAUUCUAGCCGAAUUGAAGCGUCUCGAGCAAGAAGCUCGAUUUCUUCAGGAAGAGCUAGAUCAGCUUGAGAAGUUGGAGAAAGCCUCUGCUGCAUGCAACGAACUGCUGACUAUUGUGGAAACAAGCCCUGACCCGUUGCUGCCAUUAACGAAAGGUCCCACUAAUCCAACAUGGGAUCGUUGGUUUGAAAGGCCUCACGAUCCAUCAGGCUGCAGAUGUUGGAUAUUGUGACUAUCUUCUUAAUAUUAAGUGUGUUGCGUUGGAAGAGGUUUCGGAAAUCGGUGUAUACAGCAUGUGAGUUACACAACCUCUUUUGGCAAAGUUCAAACAGGCUGUUCUACUUGUGCAGAAUUUAUUUCCUUUUAUCAUUAGCUAGAUCAAGUUUCUCUCUGAUUGAAAUGCAGAGUUGUGCAGAUAUGAUAACAUUCUCCCAGUACAUUGACAUCCCCUGGUAAAUCUCUAGAUUAUCGAACAUUUGAACUUGUGUUGCAGCCUAUCAAGUCAAUACAAAAAUUUAAGUUGGUUACUUUCUUCCUAAAGACCUGGAUGAUAUAGGCAAUUUGGUAGAAGUGCAUUUUAUGAUUUGAUUUGACUUCAAUGUUGGUCUUCCAAGUUCCAAGCUUGUGCCGGCUGGUGUUACAUAGCAGAAAUUUUUAUACUUGUUUGAUUAUUGCA